AAAAAAUCCCUGCCGUAAAUGAAGACGCAGUGUCGUAAAUCCGCACAGAUGCUCCAUGUGAAUCUGGAGACAAACUAAACCCCAGUCCAGAGGGUUCUUGUGCAGCCUGAGCGUGUCCCCGUGUCUCUUUAGGAAAGUUCUUGCAAAAGAGAGGAAAAAAAACACCCAGAUUUGAAACAUGGAGGAUGAUUUUAUGAAGUAUCGCUCCCCGCUGGUGUCGAGAUACGCGAGUAAAGAAAUGGCCUUCAACUUCAGUGACAGGAAGAAGUUUUCUACCUGGAGAAAACUCUGGAUCUGCCUGGCCAAAGCAGAGAAGGCUUUAGGUUUGCCCAUCACAGACGCUCAGAUCCAGGAGAUGGAGAGCCACGUGGAGGACAUCGACUUCACCAUGGCCGCAGAGGAGGAGCGCAAACUGAGACACGACGUCAUGGCUCACGUGCACACCUUCGCUUACUGCUGCCCGACCGCCGCACCCAUCAUCCACCUGGGGGCGACGUCCUGCUACGUGGGGGACAAUACGGACCUGAUUAUGCUGCGGGAUGGUUUUGACAUUCUGCUGCCUAAGCUGGCCCGAGUUAUCGACCGGCUGGCCAACUUUGCAGAAAAAUACGCUGAUCUCCCAACGCUGGGCUUCACGCACUACCAGCCGGCUCAACUCACCACUGUGGGCAAGCGGGCGUGUCUGUGGCUGCAGGACCUCGCCAUGGACAUGCGCAAUCUACAGCGAGCGCGGGACGACCUGAGGUUCAGAGGAGUCAAGGGGACCACGGGGACUCAGGCCAGCUUCCUGCAGCUUUUUCAGGGAGAUCAUGACAAGGUAGAAGAGCUGGACAGGAUGGUGACUGAGAUGGCAGGCUUCAAAAAAUCUUACCUGGUGACUGGACAGACGUACAGCCGCAAGGUCGACGUUGACUGUCUGUCUUGUCUGGCGAGUAUGGGAGCCACUGUGCACAAGAUCUGCACAGACAUCCGCCUCCUCGCCAACCUGAAGGAGAUCGAAGAGCCUUUUGAGAAGGAACAGAUCGGUUCCAGUGCCAUGCCGUACAAGAGGAAUCCCAUGAGGGCGGAGCGCUGCUGCAGCCUCGCCCGUCACCUGGUGGCGCUGAUGGCCAACCCUCUGCAGACGGCCUCAGUGCAGUGGCUGGAGAGGACGCUGGACGACAGUGCCAACAGGCGGAUCUCUCUGCCCGAGGCCUUCCUCACCGCAGACAUCAUUCUGAGCACUUUACAGAACAUCACCGAGGGGCUGGUGGUUUACCCCAAAGUCAUCGAGAGGCACAUCCGCCACGAACUGCCCUUUAUGGCCACGGAAAACCUGAUCAUGGCCAUGGUGAAGGCCGGAGGGAACAGACAGGAUUGCCAUGAGAAGAUUCGCGUCCUGUCGCAGCAGGCAGCGGCCGUGGUCAAACAGGAGGGAGGAGAUAAUGACCUGUUGGCCAGAGUCCAGGCUGACCCGUACUUCGCUCCUAUCCUGGGACAGCUGGACUCUCUACUGGACCCUAAGACCUUCAUCGGCCGCGCUCCUCAGCAGGUGACCAGGUUUCUCUCUGAAGAAGUGCGCCCUCUGCUGGAGCCUUACAAAUCUAAAAUGGAUGUCAAGAUUGAGCUGGAAUUAUGAUGUAAAUGAACCUGUAAACAAAUAUAAAUGGUACAGUGGUGUUAAAUAAAAUAUAUAAAAA